CCGGAGGGGAGGAGUCGGGGCCGGCCCAGCGGCCGGUUUCGGCCGGGCUACACAGGCCCCCCAAGACCGAGCUGGUUAUCCCUCACACGCCGGGGCCGAGCCCCUUUUCUGACUGACCCCGCUUCGCGAGCAAACGCCAGCUCCGUGACGUCACAGCUCUGCCCAUCCCCUCAGCUUGAUGUCACCUGGAGCUCCCCCCGCCCCGCUUCACUUGGAGCGCCCUUAGUGUUCUGUUCAUCUGGUCUACGGCUGAGCGCCGGCAGCACUGCACGGAACUUAGCAAGCUAGAAGACCUGCCGCGGGCGAAACUCCUAGGACUUUUUCGUAAACUCGGGUGUUGGGAAGCGUGAUAAUCACCGUCCCCAAGUUUUAUCUGCUGUCCCACUGCACUGUCAGUCGCUGCCCUUGUACCGCUCGCCAUUCGGCGUUCCUAACACCAACCGUAGGCCGAGCUCCGAGCCUCACAUCUUCCUUCAUCUUGAGGCAGAAUGCCCCUCAGCCUUUGUUCAGUUAGGGCUGGUUUUCCAACCCAUCGUCCCAGUCCCUCCUAAUUAAUUCUUUCCCUUACUUUUCUUACUGGUGACUGACUUUGACAAGUGGAGAAGUUCAGUUUGACCCCCUAAAGAAAUCUUGAAGUUCCCAGAACUCCUGCUGUUUUCUCAGGCUUCAUUCUGUGACAACCACGCCAUAGCCCUCCACUUUUACUCCUUUUCCCACCCAAGUCUGUCUCUCUUUUUUUCCCCCCUGUUUAGAACCCAGCAGUGAUGUGGAGGUGGAGACCCACAGGAGCCCCGGACUUCACCUGAGCUACCUCAGCGGUCACCAAGAGUGGCAAGAAAAGGAAGAAAGCCCUGAUUUGGGGGGGACCAGGAUGCCUGACCGGGACAGCUAUGCCAACGGCACUGGGAGCAAUGGUGGAGGCCCUGGAGGUGGUGGCAGCGAGGAGGCCAGUGGGACAGGGGCAGCCAGUGGUGGGGCCAGCUCAGAUGCCAUCUGUAGAGACUUCCUGAGGAAUGUGUGCAAGCGAGGCAAGCGUUGCCGAUACCGCCACCCAGACAUGAGCGAGGUUUCCAACUUGGGGGUGAGCAAAAAUGAGUUCAUCUUCUGUCAUGACUUCCAGAACAAGGAGUGUAGCCGACCAAACUGCCGUUUCAUUCACGGCUCCAAGGAGGACGAAGAUGGCUAUAAGAAAACAGGAGAGCUUCCCCCUCGGCUGAGGCAGAAAGUGGCAGCUGGCCUGGGCCUUUCACCGGCUGACCUACCAAAUGGCAAAGAAGAGGUCCCUAUCUGCCGUGACUUCCUUAAGGGUGACUGUCAGAGAGGAGCCAAGUGCAAGUUUCGUCACCUGCAACGGGAUUUUGAGUUUGAUACUCGGGGCGGCGGAGGCACUGGUGGUGGGUGCUCAACAGGCUCAGUACCCCCGGGACGACGUCAUGAUCUCUACGAUAUCUACGACCUUCCUGACAGGGGCUUUGAGGAUCAUGAGCCAGGCCCUAAGCGCCGGCGAGGUGGAUGCUGCCCUGCUGAUGGCCCUCAUUUUGAAUCAUUUGAAUAUAGUUUGGCUCCACCCCGAGGGGUAGAGUGCAGACUGCUAGAGGAGGAGAAUGCCAUGCUCAGGAAGCGAGUGGAAGAGCUAAAGAAGCAGGUCAGCAACCUGCUGGCCACCAAUGAGGUACUGCUGGAGCAAAAUGCCCAGUUCCGCAAUCAGGCUAAGGUCAUGACCCUGAGCUCCACUGCACCAGCAACUGAGCAGACUCUGGCUCCCACUGUGGGCACUGUUGCCACUUUUAACCAUGGCAUUGCCCAGACUCACACUACUCUCAGCAGCCAGGCUCUACAGCCUCGUCCUGUGUCCCAGCAAGAACUGGUAGCUCCUGCUGGAGCUCCAGCUGCUCCCCCUACUAAUGCUGCACCUCCUGCUGCUCCACCGCCCCCACCCCCACACUUGAACCCAGAGAUCACACCACUGUCAGCUGCUCUGGCUCAAACAAUUGCCCAGGGAAUGGCACCCCCACCUGUCUCAAUGGCUCCUGUGGCUGUAUCUGUGGCUCCUGUGGCCCCUGUCGCUGUAUCAAUGGCCCAACCCUUGGCAGGAAUCACAAUGAGCCACACCACCACUCCCAUGGUGACUUACCCCAUUGCUUCUCAGAGCAUGCGCAUCACAGCCAUGCCACACUGAUGGGGUUAAUGGACACUCCCCUGGUAUAACGUGCAGGGCUGGGGUUGAGGGGCCCUUAUCCACUCACCUAGCCUUCCCAGGCCCUGUCCAAAGGGCUCACUCAAGAACUAGGACAAGAACUAUAAGGAGUACAUUUCUGAGGAGCAUGUCUUGAGGAGAGGUUGGGGUGGUGUGUUUGCUUUCACCUCCCUUUUAUGAGGGUCUUCUUGUCCAUCUUCCUUCAAGCUUCACAGCGGGGGCUUGCAUAGGAGUGAAGCCAGCAGAGAGGAAGGACUGACUGAGAGGCUGUGGCCUCUUAUGGGAAGUUGGGGAUAUCCCUGGUGGUAUCCUCUCUCCUGAACAGCACAGGUUCCGGCACUGGUUUUGGAAGAAAAAAAUACCCUGCCCAGAGGGAAAGCCAGGAAAUAUUGGAAAGUGAGUGGCUGGGAGAGAAGGCCUGAUGGCCUUCAGAAAAUUGAGUUUGAUAGGGCCCUAUUGGGUUGGACAAUACAGGAACUACUGCUGGGCCCCUGGGAAGGCUGGGACCAUGGUACUCCAGCCCAGAGACUAGGGGAGCAUUCAUUACCCUAGCUUGGCCUGGAAACCUGUAGGGCAGGGCCCACUAUUUUCCAAAGAAAUAAAAGAACAAUUAUUUUUAACAAA